UCAAGAGGGUUACAGCACCUACCUAAAAGCUGCUGCUUCUUUCUCACCUUGAAGAAUAAUCCUAGAAAACUCACAAAAUGUGUGACGCUUUUGUAGGUACCUGGAAACUUGUCUCCAGUGAAAACUUUGAUGAUUACAUGAAAGAAGUAGGAGUGGGCUUUGCCACCAGGAAAGUGGCUGGGAUGGCCAAACCCAACAUGAUUGUCAGUGUGAGUGGGGAUGUGAUCACCAUUAAAUCAGAAAGUACCUUCAAAAAUACUGAGAUUUCCUUCAAACUCGGCCAGGAAUUUGACGAAGUCACCGCAGAUGAUAGGAAAGUCAAGAGCACCAUAACCUUAGAUGGGGGUGUUUUGGUACAUGUGCAGAAAUGGGACGGUAAAUCAACUACCAUAAAGAGAAAACGAGAGGGUGAUAAACUGGUGGUGUGGCUAUGCUUAUGCUACUCAGUUCCAGAUACUACUGCUAAGUCUUUUGAUGAUCUUUGUGCCACAUAA